AUGGAGUUCGAUCGCCUCCGCGCCGUGGGCCGCUGGGCCGAGGCGGCCGGCGAGUCCGCCGUGGGGCAGGACAUGCAGAUGCGCCGGCACCGGCUGGAGGAUGCAGCCCGCGCCGAUUGCGAGGCGGCCGGCCCACGAGCCAAGGCCAUGCUUGUGUCCUACGCCGCCGGCGUCAACGCCUUCAUCAACAGCGACGCGCCGCUGCCGGCUGAAUAUACCAUCGCCGGCAUCGCACCCGAGCCGUGGGAGCCGUGGCACAGCCUGGCCAUCUACAAGGUGCGGCACAUUUUCAUGGGCGUCUUCGAGACAAAAGCCUGGCGGGCGCGGCUCGUCAAGGCGUUGGGACCGGAGCGUGCCGCCGCGCUGUUCCCAUCCUACCCGCCGGGUCAGCCGGUCAUCAUUCCCACCGGCGCUGACUAUGACGGCGCGGUCGAUUUCGGCCUGGAGCAACUGCUGGAACACGCCGCCAACCUGAACCUCAUCGGCGAGAUGGACAGCGGCUCCAACUCAUGGGCCAUCGGGCCGGAGCGCACCGCCACCGGUCGCGGGCUGCUGGCCGGCGACAGCCAUCGUGGCCUGGACACCCCCAGCGUCUACUACCAGAACCACCUGGCCUGCGACACCUUCGACGUGGUCGGCAACUCCUUCGCCGGCGUGCCCGGCUUCCCACACUUCGGGCACAACCAUUGGGUCGCCUGGUGCGUGACCCAUACCGCCGCCGACUACCAGGACCUCUACAUCGAGCUGUUCAACGACGCCGACCCUUCGCUCUACCAACAUCAGGAAGAUUGGUACAACGCCGACGUUCGCGACGAGGUCAUCAGGGUGCGGGACGGUAAUAACGUCCACCUGCGGACGUGGGCAACGCACCACGGUUCCGUCGUAGGCGGCGACCCGAUGUCCGGCUACGGCCUGGCCCUGCGCUACACCGCCGGCGACGGCGGCGACCCGUGGACCGACAUCCUGCCCGCCAUGCUGGAAGCCACCGGCGUGGAAGAGUUGGCGGAUGCCAUGGCGGGCUGGGUUGACCCGGUGAACAACUUCGUCAUGGCCGACGUGCACGGCAGCAUCGGGUACCAAUGCCGGGGCGAAAUCCCCCGGCGUCCCGGCGACGUCGGCGCGCCCCUGCCGGUUCCCGGAUGGGACGGAGAGCACGAGUGGCAGGGCAGCAUCCCCUUCAAGGAGAUGCCCCGCAACAUCAACCCCGCGGAGGGUUACAUCGUCACCGCCAAUAACCGGCCGGUAGGUGCGGACUACCCCUACUACAUCUCCAUGGAUUUCGCCCCCGGCUACCGGGCCAUGCGCGUGGCCCACGGCGUGCGCAGCGUACCCCAUGCCUCCGCCGCUGACAUGGGUCGCAUCCACGCCGAGCGCGUGUCACUGCCGGCUCAGACCUACGUCAGCGCGCUGGCCGGCGUUUCCGCACCGGAUGAUGCGGUGGUCGCGGCAGCCUUGGCGAAGUUGCAGCACUGGUCCGGCAGCAUGGACCCCGACGCGGUGGAGCCGACGAUAUACAGCGCGAUGCGCGACGCCCUGCUGUGGCGGCUGCUGAAGCACAACAUCGGCGAGGACCUGGCUGCAAUAGGCUGGCAACCGGCCGACCGGGGACGCGGAGUAUUCCUGAACCGUUUCAAGAACCUGAUGACCGAUGCCAUCUCCGGUGGUGACACCGACCUGCUGCCCGAUAGCGCGGACUGGCCGGGCGCGCUAACCACUGCGUUGCACGAAGCGGUCCGCACGCUGACCGCAAAGCUCGGUCCCGACGUCGCCGGCUGGCGGUGGGACCGGGUGCACCGUGCGCGGCCGCAGCAUCCGCUGUCCAUGGCGACGCCGGAGUUGGGCGCACUACUGAACCCACCGGAGAUCGCCACCGGCGGCGACGGCGACACCCCUUGGGCCGGGUCCUACGCGCCGGGCGACCUGGCGACGGUGGGCGGGCUCUCGGUGUUCCGGUAUGCCUACGACCCGGCGAACUGGGACCGCUCGCUUUGGGCGGUUCCGCUGGGAGCCUCGGGCCACCCGGCCAGCCCCCACUUCUCCGACCAGUCGAAGAUGUGGAGCAAAGUGCAAAUGACGCCCAUGCUCUACGACUGGGAGCGCGUCAAGGCCCACGCCGAGACGGAGCAGACGCUGCGGGCGGGGUAG